CGCGUGUCCGUGUCCGUGUCCGUGUCCGCAGCGCGCUGCGCUCGGCGGCCGGAGCGGUCUGGGCGGCGAGCGCGGCCACCGGGCCUGGGAGCUGGGACCCGGCGGAGCCGCGCGCCAGGCUGCGCCAGCCGGGCUCAUUAGGUGGCAUAGGCAGCUGCAUCACCUGCUUUCCCUAAGUUUCAUGGGCAAAGCAUACCUGAGGAUUUCUUGGAGGCCUGCGUGAGGCCACCUAGUGGGGAGAGCUGGGUAAAAAUGAGGCUCCUGCAGCAGCUGGUUUCCAGAAAUCCAGAAGCAGCAGAAGGAAGGAAAGCCAGCAGAAGGCAGGUGAGCACCACUCAGACAUUCACAGAGUGUGCAGACACCAAAUUGGGGCCUGUUUCCUGCCUUGAUCUGGAAAGGGUGAGAGACUGGCCAGCAGGAGAUUGGAUGAUGGAGAAAAAAGAAGCUAGCCCUCCCCACCCCCAGCAGGAGGCGGCUUGAAGCAGGACCCUGCAGGAUAGCGCAGAUGUCCUCUUACAACCAGGGUGGAGAUGUCUGCCCAGAGGCUAAUUUUUAACAGAACCUUCCAGCAAUCUGUGUCUAAUUCAGAUUACACUUGGGAAUAUGAAUAUUAUGAGAUUGGACCAGUUUCCUUCGAAGGACUGAAGGCUCAUAAAUAUUCCAUUGUGAUUGGAUUUUGGGUUGGACUUGCAGUUUUCGUGAUUUUCAUGUUUUUUGUGCUGACCUUGCUGACCAAGACAGGUGCCCCACAUCAAGACAAUGUAGAGUCUUCAGAGAAGCGAUUCCGAAUGAACAGCUUUGUGUCAGACUUUGGAAAACCUCUGGAGCCAGACAAAGUGUUUUCCCACCAGGGCAAUGAAGAGUCUAGAUCUCUCUUUCACUGCUACAUCAAUGAAGUGGAACGCUUGGACAGGGCCAAAGCAUGUCACCAGACCACGGCUGUUGACAGCGAUGUGCAGCUCCAGGAAGCCGUCAGAGGCAGCAGGAGCACAGAAGAGGAGCUGAACAGGCUCAUGAAGUUUGACAUCCCUAACUUUGUGAACACGGACCAGAACUCCUUUGGGGAGGAUGAUCUUCUGAUUUCAGAACCACCUAUUGUUCUAGAAAAUAAGCCAGUUUCCCAGACCUCACACAAAGACCUGGUCUGAGAAGCAUCUCUGUGUUUCUGAAGAUGUAGGUUCUGUCUUUCCAUAGCAAGAAAGCUCCAUUCACCAAAGUGUGUGUAUAUGCAAGGGAGACAGAGGAGAGAGUCUCCCUCAGAAGACGGUUGGAGUCUUUCAUUGUUGGUGUUUAUCAAGCUUUGUUUGCCUUUUAACACACUGAGUUUCUUUCUUUCUUUUUGUUAGGGAUAGUAUUUGCACUAUCUCAUCCUCCUUGUUGAAACUUUGUCCAAAUAGGUCAGGACUCUUGAAUGAGGACUGGCAUAUUACAUUCUAAUCUGGCCCUGCCACCCUCAUGCUAUACCUUUAGCAAACUAUUUUGCUUCUCUGGGAUGCAACAGUGUUAGUGGUGAGUGAUACCUGGAGUAGGUGAUCUCCCCCAGCACUAACACUUCGUGAAUGUGUGACUUUGCAGCUAAGGCGAGCUGAGACACAAGAAAGCAUUAAACAAGAAGGCACUGCCUUUCGUUUCUGUUGGAUCCCUGAAUCUGUGUAUCUUCCACUCGGUCCUUAAUUGAGCCAUACGUUAGUGAGGAGAUCUUUACUUAUUAGGACCCAUAUAGUCACUGUGGUGGGCAUUUUUGCUGGGUUUUGCUGAAAUAACUCUUUAGAGGUUCUCCAACUGCCUAUUCUCAAAUGUAGGUAUAGCUCUGUCCCUCUCAGAGGGACUAUCAAUUCAUGGUAUAGUGCAUGGCACCUCUAUCCCCAGCAAUGUAAAAAAGGUGUUAUCUGAACGAGAGGGUAUCAUCUGCGUGUCUUUGUGCUGGUGUUAAUCAGUGUCACACUGCUGCUUCAUUGGCUUUAGAACAGGGAAAAUGCUAUUUGCCAUGCUGUCUAUGCAGGUGAUGAUCAUGCAGCUUUGAGCUGAGAUGGCCAGUGAAUUUUACAUGCCACACUAACAGAUCUCAUGGUGGCCUUGACUGUGUUAACAGAACAUCAUCCAGUUAAUUUCAUGAACGAAUCAAACCUACAUACUGGUAUUGGAAACAACUUGGUUUUUCACACACAGUUGUAUGCAUGGCCAGCUGCUAAUCUGGGGCAGGCAAUUUUCAUUAUGAAUUUGUUUACUACUUAUCUGCUUAAGCUACAUAAUAAAUGUAUAUGACUGCACAGGAA